AUGCUAAAUGAUAGCAUCAUUUCCAAUUUCCCUAAUAACAAUAUUAAAAAUAUUACAUUUUAUACAAACAUAACUUCAGUUGAAACAGGCAGUUUCAACAAUACAUCAAAACUUGAAUUGAUCAAAUUUGAAGGCAGUGAUAACAUCAUUUUCAAAUUAAACUCAUUUAUUAAUUUGAAUUCGUUAGAUCAAAUUACAAUCUAUGAUAAAUCUGUUGUUACAAUCGAAUCUCAUGCCUUCGUAAACGUAAGUAUUAAUUCAUUUUCAUUACCAGCAGACUCACAAUCAACUGUUAAUGAUGACUCAUUCAUUAACUGUAAUAUUAGCAACUUUGUUGUUCGAGAAAACAGCAAAAUCAAUUUCAGAAAUAUCAUCAAUCAUAACAACAAUAUUAAUUUCACCGGCAAAUACAACAAAUAUUAUUUGUAUGAUGGAAACACAAUGCAAGGAGUCAAAGUUCUUGUUAUUCAACCAGGACUUAAACUGGAAGAUAUCAAAUUAGGUUCAACACAUAUUGAAGAAGUAAUUUUUGAAAUUUGCAAUUGCAGCAUUAUUGAAAAUUCCACAUUUUCUAAUACUGAUAUCAAAACUAUCAUUUUCAAUACAGAUGUUGAAGAAAUCAGAAAGAAUGCAUUCAGUGAAAUUCAAAAUCUCGAAAAAGUCACAUUUAUAUCAUCAAAUAUUUCAUUCGACAGUGAAUCAUUUUCAAAUCUUCUUGAUCUCAAAACAAUCAUUAUUAAUUCUAGUGCUGACAAUCCCACAGUUACAUUCAAAAAUAAAGCAUUCACUAAUUGCAGUAACUUAAAUACUAUUGAAAUCACUAAUCCAAGCACAAAUCUUAAUCUUGAAGAUGGAGCAUUCCAAAAUAUGACCUUUGAUAAAUUUGCUUUACCAGCAGAAUCAUCUUCAAUUGUGAAUGAUAGAUCAUUCAUUAACUGUAGCAUCGAUAAUUUUGUAGUUGCAAAUCAUUCUCAAAUCAAUUUCAGAAAUAUUGUCAAUAAUAACAAUAUUACUAAAUUCUCAGGAAUGUACAACAGAUAUUAUUUGUAUGAUGGAAACACAAUCCAAGGAGACAAAGUUCUUGUUUUUAGACCAAGACUUAACUUGAAAGAUAUCAAUUUAGGCACAUCACAUAUUGAAGAAGUGAUAUUUGAAAUGUGCGAUUGCAGCAUUAUUGAAAGUUCCACAUUUUCUAAUACUGAUAUCAAAACUAUCAUUUUCAAUACAGAUGUUGAAGAAAUCAAUGAAAAUGCAUUCAGUGAAAUUACUAAUCUUGUUAGUAUCAUAUUCAACAAAGAAAGUGAUAGAUUAGUUAUCAAAUCAAAAGCUUUUUCAAAUAAUAAUGUUCGAGAAAUCACAUUUAAAUCAAGGAACAUUACAUUCCUCAGUGAAUCUUUUUACAGACUUGGAAAUCUUACAACAAUUGUUAUAAAUUGCGAUGAUUUUGAGAAUCCUACAAUUAAUUUCAUACUUGAGGAAUCCAAGACUGAAAUAUUCAAAGAUUGCAACAGUCUAGAAACAAUUGAAAUUACUAAUCCGAACACAAGUAUUGUUAUAGAUGAUGUUGCAUUAUCAAAUAUCAAAGUCAAAGCAUUUAUUCUCAAUCAGACAAAUGAAAAGUUUGAUAUAUUGCGUAUUAUUAAAAACUGUCUAUCUCUUGAAUAUCUUGUUAUUAACACAGAAAAACCAAAUAUUAAAUACAUUACAAAUAUUGAAAACUUAACAAACAUUGAAGAAUCAGAUCAUCUCAUAUUUGUUAAUAAGAGCAUUGAACUUUCAGAACUUCCAUAUUUGGAUGUCGAAGAAAUAUCAUUUUAUAUGCUAAAUGAUAGCAUCAUUUCCAAUUUCCCUAAUAACAAUAUUAAAAAUAUUACAUUUUAUACAAACAUAACUUCAGUUGAAACAGGCAGUUUCAACAAUACAUCAAAACUUGAAUUGAUCAAAUUUGAAGGCAGUGAUAACAUCAUUUUCAAAUUAAACUCAUUUAUUAAUUUGAAUUCGUUAGAUCAAAUUACAAUCUAUGAUAAAUCUGUUGUUACAAUCGAAUCUCAUGCCUUCGUAAACGUAAGUAUUAAUUCAUUUUCAUUACCAGCAGACUCACAAUCAACUGUUAAUGAUGACUCAUUCAUUAACUGUAAUAUUAGCAAUUUUGUUGUUAGUAAUAACACAGAAAUCAAUUUCAGAAAUCUCCUCAAAACAUCUAACAACAAUAAUAUCAACUUCACUGGAUUUAAUCAAGGAUAUUAUUUAUACGAUGAGAAUCAUGAAAUUAAUAGUGAUAAAGUUCUUGUUGUUAAACCGAACCUUAACUUGAAAGAUAUCGAAUUUGGUACAUCACAUUUAGAAGAAGUGAUAUUUGAAAUGUGCAAUUGCAGCAUUAUUGAAAGAUCCACAUUUUCUAAUACUAACAUCAAAUCAAUAAUUUUCAAUACAGAUGUCAACGAAAUCAGAGAGAAUGCAUUCAGUGAAAUUCAAAAUCUCGAAAAAGUCACAUUUAUAUCAUCAAAUAUUUCAUUCGACAGUGAAUCAUUUUCAAAUCUUCUUGAUCUCAAAACAAUCAUUAUUAAUUCUAGUGCUGACAAUCCCACAGUUACAUUCAAAAAUAAAGCAUUCACUAAUUGCAGUAACUUAAAUACUAUUGAAAUCACCAAUGCAAGUACAAAUCUUAACCUAGAAGAUGGAGCAUUUUUAAACACAAAUCUUCAGACAUUUGCAUUCAGCAAUAUUUCUGAGACCGAUGUUCUGAAACUCAUCAAAGAUAAUCCAUCAAUUGAGUAUUUGAAUGUUAAUAAAGAAAAAGAUACCAAGUAUUUAACAAGUCUAGAUAAUAUUACUUUUGAUGGAAGCAUCAAUAAAGUUAUAUUUGUUAACAGAAGUCUAUCAUUAAAUGACAUUCCUCCAUUAAAUGUCACUGAAGUUUCAUUUUAUCUCCUGAAUGACACAACACUUUCAAGCAUUCCAAAUCUAAAUGUCACGAAAAUAGUAUUUGAAACAAAUGUUAGUUUUGUUAGUUCAAAUAGUUUUGAAAAUAACACAAAUCUCAAAUCAAUCAGUUUCAAUGGAGAUGGUGAUCUAACAAUAGAAACAGAUGCAUUCAAAGGAUGUGAAAAUCUGAAUAGCAUCACUAUUUCAGAAAAUGCAAGUGUCACAAUUGAAGAUUAUGUAUUUAGAAACACAGGUAUCAAAGAGUUCAAUGUUCAUCGGGACUUCAAAGUAUCACUUGAAAACUUAGUUCGUACAGGACUUGAAACAAUCCAUGUUCAUAAAGAAGAUGAUAACUUAUAUAUCAGUGAUAAUAACAAUAUUGAAACAAAAUGCUCAGAAAAUCAAAAGAAGAACAAUAUUAUAGUCUUAUCUAAAUCUAUUAAUUUAUCUUCAAUUAAAGACGAAUGCUUUACUAGUGUUAAAAAUGUUUCGCUUUAUCUGGUCAAUGAUACUGUUAUUGAACAAAAUUAUUUUACUGAUUCAAAAAUCGAAGUAUUUAAUGCAUCAUUGUCAUCAAUCAAAACGAUUGAAGCUGAUGCAUUUAAGAAUUGUAGUUCUCUCAAGAUCAUUGAACUUCCAAAUAGUACUUCAUUUAACAUUUCAAACAUUGUUUCUAACUGUCAAAACUUAGAUUAUGUCAAAUCACUUCCACACUAUGUUACAUCUGUUAGUGAAAUCAGUACUAAAGAUGUUACAAUAUCAUCCAAGCACUUCAAGAUAUCAGACUUGCAAAAUCGCAAAGAUUUAGAAAAUAUCAGUUUCUCCUUGAUCGAAGAUACUGUUUUAUCAGAGAAUUCAUUUAAUAAUAUGAACAAUCUGAAAACAUUAGAUCUUUCACUCACAAAAAUCGAAACCAUCAAAUCAAACGCGUUUUCAAACAUAAACUCUGAUAUUGAUAUAAUAUUCCCAUCCACACUAAGCAAAAUAUCAUCAAAAGCAUUCAAUAAUGUUAAAAUGAAACAAUUUAAAGUUUUUGGUAAAAUCAACUUAGAAAAGCAAUCAUUCUAUGAAUGCGACAUAAAUGAAAUCAUCAUCGAAGAAGAUGUUACUGAUUUUAAUGUAAGUCCAUUCUACAAAUGUGGAAGAACUCUUAAUAUUAAAGUUAAUAACAAUAAAAUAUUUAAACUAAAUACUCGCGGACAAUUAAUUAAGAAGAAACAAAAUAGUUUAAGAAAACUAUUUGACGAUUCUGAUAAAGAUGAAUUAAUUUUUGUUCCAGGAUCAGAAAACAGUGUCAUCACUAUCACAGAACCAAUGAUUGAUCCAUAUGCACUUUCAUACUGCCAGAAAUAUACUCUUCUAACACAACCAGAUACAAUGGAUUCAUUGAUUGGAGUAUGCAAGGCAGGCGGACAGAAUGCAACAGUAUUUUUCCAAUCAGAUAUGUCUUCAUAUAACUACAAAUAUUUCGAAUGCGAUAAAAGGACUUGUACAUUGAACUGUGAUGGUACAAAUCUUCCAUUGCGAACACCAUAUCCAACGCCAAUCCAGACACCAGAACCUGUUAAGCCAGAUGAAAAUAGUAAUAAGAAAGACGAUGUUGCCCAACUUACACCAAUUUUAUCUGUUCAAGAUGAUGGUAAGAAAGUUCAACUGAAAGCAACAUUAUCUGAACUUGUUACACAAUCAAAGUCAGAAACACAAGUAAAGCAAGUUCAAGUGAUAGAAGCUAACAGUUCAUUAACAACAACAUACUCUUAUGUCGUAACAAUGACAUUAGUUGAUAUCAAAACGAUGACAUACACUAACAUUUGGAUUGAAUACAAUGACGCCGAUACUCGCCCUGGACUUUCAGCCGGCAAAAUUAUUUUGUUAUGUUCUGGAUGCGUUGUCCUUUCCUUCUUGGUCGUCAUGAUGGGUCUUUAUCUCUACAGACGUACAAAAGAUAAUGUUGACGCUGACGAUGAAGAUCCAUCAUUUGAAGAAAUGGAGAAGGAUAUUGGUCAUGUUGUAUUUCCAAUUAAUGAUACAAUUCAAGUCGAAAGUAAUUCCGAAAACAGUUUUGAGGAAGCAACUCUUGAUAAUCCUAUGAAAUUAAGAGCAGAUUCUGACGAUUUGAAAGAUGGAAGCGACAGCUUUGACCAAGACCAAAAUUACAAUGAAAAAGUAAUUAAUAUUGAAAUUUGA